AGACAGACAUGAAGGGGGAACCAGACUCAAACUGAUGGCUGAAAUUUGACUUAUUUGACUUCUCCUGUGUUAUCUCAAUUAUUUCAUUAGGAAGUUUUGAAUCAAGAAGCACUGUGGGAUGCAAAAAGCUGCUUCAAACGUUCAUUAUGAGAAUGGGAGAGCAGAAACGAGUCUGUGGUCCUGUGCUCUGUUGCCGGCACAGGCCUUGGUGCAGUGGAUUAAAAACGAGGCCUUAUUCCCUCGCCUGGUCCUGGGUCUGCUGCGCUAGGACAACACACCGCACAUGCUUGGGAGCCUGUUUUCUUCCUUCCUCCUUCUGCCAUGGUAGAUCUGUUAACGUCAGAGACUACAGCUACAAGUUGCUUGUCCAGGUGAAGCUUGUCUUUGCUUUUGUGGUAUCAAGCCCUGCUUGGUACUGAGAGUUUCCGGCCGGAAGUUUUCCUGUGCUCUCCAUAGCUGCUGCCCGGUGCUGCCCUGAAGAAAAACAGGGCUGGGAAGGUGGGUGCUGCCCUCAGGAGACGUGGUGGGAAGGCUGCUGCCCGCUGCCUACGGGGUGUCAGAGCGAGGCUCAUCACGAGGCGUGCUGCGCUUCCCUGCGCCGGCCGCCAUGGAGACCUUAUCCCAGGACUCUCUGCUGGAGUGCCAGAUUUGCUUCAACUACUACAGCCCCCGCCGGCGGCCCAAGCUGCUGGACUGCAAGCACACCUGCUGCUCCGUGUGCCUGCAGCAGAUGAGGACCAGCCAGAAGGACCUGCGCUGCCCCUGGUGCCGUGGGAUCACCAAGCUGCCUCCGGGAUACUCUGUGUCGCAGCUGCCCGAUGACCCCGAGGUGAUCGCCGUCAUCGCGAUCCCCCACGCCUCGGAGCACACCCCCGUCUUCAUCAAACUCCCCAGCAACGGGUGCUACAUGCUGCCCUUGCCUCUCUCCAAGGAGCGGGCGCUGCUGCCGGGAGACAUCGGCUGCCGUCUCCUGCCCGGCAGCCAGCAGAAGUCCCUGACGGUGGUGACGAUCCCCGCAGAGCAGCAGCCGCUGCAGGGCGGCCUUCCCGCCGAGGCGGGAGCGGAGGAGCCGGACCGCAGAGGCGCUGUGAAAAGCUCCACCUGGUCAGGGGUGUGCACUGUGAUCCUGGUGGCCUGCGUCCUGGUCUUCCUCCUGGGCAUCGUCCUCCACAACAUGUCGUGCAUUUCCAAGCGCUUCACGGUGAUCUCCUGCGGCUGAGGCGGCGGGGGCCGUGCUCCUCCGGGGCUCGGGUCGGUGGUGGUGGUAUUGAGCGAGACAAUUCCGUGCAGCUUUCCCCAGUGACUGCAGGACGCUGUGCGCCGGGGCGGUGGUCCCUGGACGGGUGGCAUCCGGCCUCUGGGCAGCCUGCGGAGAAAAAUCACGUCCAGUGUCUGGUGGCGGUGGCACUCAGGACUGCAUGUGUCACCGCAGCCACUUAUCAAAAGGGACUGCAACUUCACAGUGAUCUUUUUUUUUUAUUGUGUUACGAGAUUAAAGACCUCCAUGUAGCUGGUUAUACUGUGAAGUAUACAGUAUGGGCUCUUCUUUAAACACGGUAUAUUAAAAUCAAAACUGCUCCACGUAGAAUCAAAUGAGAACUGGCGCACAGCUGUACGAGGUGUUCAAUACCGGUCCACACAUGCAUUAUUUUUUAAUGAGGGGAGGGAGGGAGACUCGUAAAAUGGAGAAAUCAUUUAACUGGUAAAGCAUUUUAUAUGUUUUCAACGGAGCAUUAAUUGAACCAAGUUAGGGAGUUGUACGAUAGUUUUUAAAAGGAAGCAUUUUACAAGCAAUCAUUUCUUUCCUUCUUGUCUGUUUUUUGCCUCUGUUUUUCCCCUUUUGUUCCAAUUCCAGGGAACUGGUACUCCCAGCAUCUUUUAUUUGAUGGAACUUUCAAGAAGAGACUCAAAGUAGGCUAGAAAGAAUACCUGAAAGUGCAGUCAAAACAGUUCUGCCUAAUCAGUUUUAUGGGAAGGAUAGCUUUGCAUGGUUAAGAUUGGACAUGGUGUUUUACCUCCAGUCUGGCUGCAGACUUCCUGGCCUUCAGAGCUGUUAGUGAAGAAAUGGGUCAUGAGAAGUCCUAGGACUCCUGCAAGGAGUUAUCACGUAUAUUACUCUCGAUUUUCUUUUUCUGCAGGUUAGGUUUACUUAAUUGUUUUUGAAGAAUUUAGACCUAUUUUGCCUCCCUCUUUCCUAGGAGUUGCAACUGUGCACCAGUGGGUGGUGUGACAGAGAAAGCUUCAGUGGUGCUCUAAGAAAGCUUCACCACUGAAACUGAGACCAAGGACUCUUGUAUGCAGUCCCCUCGUAAGAGGCAGUGACGUAUCUUGGAGAAGAAUCCGGACCAACCUAACCUCUUACUGGGUGGGCCACCCCUCCUAAAAUUGCUGUGGCUGUCCUGGCGUCAGAAUGUUUGGGUGAGCGUAACAGACCCUCUUCCCAUGUUUCAGUCUUAGUAAUAUAGAUGAUUUCAUAAGAACAGAUUUGAAAAACAAACACAGGAAGUGUCUCCCUCCACCUGUGACUGUCAUGAAACCCCAGACAUUUGCAGUUCAUUUCCUGGGAAGAGCCAAAUUCCUGAAUGUUCACUGCAGUAGCACCUUGCUCUAAGCAGUCCCACUAGCUUUAGUAGUACUGCUCAUAAGUAAAAUAGAGCCCAGUGAGAAUUUAGGUAUUUGGCUUGUCUGAUUGCUGAAACUUACAUGAGAUUUAGGGACUGGAUCAAGGGGCACAUGGCAGACCUUUAAUAAGACAGAAAAACCUGUUGAUUUGCACUGCUUCUUUUUGUGAAUACAAGGCAUAACCUCCCUGAAAUGUGUCCUCUUGUUGUCUACCCACUACUCUUUCUAAUUCUUGGAGAUUGCUGAAUGCCAUAUUAUAACACAGUUUUGACUGUGCAGUGCCCAAGUUGGCUCCGUAGUCAUCCUUGUUUUUCUGGGUUUUUUUUCGCAGAAUCUAGUUGCUGGUUCACAAUAAACAUUCUCAGCUCACACUUCUGUUAGGAACAUACCUCUGACUUCAUGCUGGAUUUCUUUCCUUCCCUGUUUCUAAACCACCAUUUUCUUCUUUGAUUCCCGUUAAUGGAAGAAUAGAAUGUAGGGUGCUUAGUUGUGAUGUGUGUUUGGUCACGUAUGGAGAGGAACCAUUGUGCUGAUUUUUAUCUACUGUCAUACAUACGCAUAGCACAGGAGAAAAAAAAAAGUCUCCAGAUAACACACUCAAUGCCUUUUUUUGUACAAGGCCCACGUGCAGUAUGCCUUGAACCUGGCUUGCAAAUAUUGUAAUUACAUGGACACCUCUCCGCAGCAUGUUUCAUUUGGUUGCAGUAGGGAACACCAGGUAUUCCCAAAUGUGUCUUGUGAACGUGCUUGUCUCUUGUUGCCAGUAGCUAGCCAGAUUUCUACUGAUAUCCAUGCUAUGCUGCUUAUUGUGUGAAAGAAAGCCAGUUCACAAAAAAUCCUGCCUUUUAUAAGACUCUUGAGGAACUGACCAGACACAGGACUUGACCUUCUACUGCCUUAUCCUGUAGCAGUUGCUGGGUGUACCAGAAGCUUAUGGCAUAGGUGCAAGAUGCUCCGAGAACAGCGCUGGUGCAUUUUGCACCAGCUUCUGCAUUUGUUUAUCUGAGUUAUCAGUGAAUGCACAAAACCACAAGGCAGUCAAGGAGCAGGUCCUGGCGACACAGUGGUGGUAACGUUACCUCCUUCCAGCCAUGCCUGCCCGACUGAAGCUCUUGAGGCCAAGGAUUCUCUGGCAUUGCAAAGAAAGGCCUUCUUCCUUUCCAUUUGGAGAGUGCAGAAUAAAAGAGGAAUCAGAAAUUAGGUUAAAAUACCACACUGCAUAACACAUUAUACAACAGGCAGACCUGGAGUUUAUCCGGAAUUAAUGACGUAAGCGUUAUAUUAGCAGAAUACCAUCCUGUACUACGUAACACAGUACACUGUUUUGUUAGUAUGAAUUUCCUGUAUUUUUGUGCCUGCUGAAAUGCAUGUUUGACCUAAUUUCUGAUCCAGACAUUUGCCUGCUCACAGCCUUGCGUAAGAGCAAUAAGUAAAACCUCAAGAUUUUUGCCUGCGUGUACGCGCAUGGUGUGUAUGUUCAUUCCUUUUUAUAAAUAAGAGUUCUGGAAAAGUUCUUGUUCUGGCUUUGGACUGUGACUAGAAUUUUAAAUUUGCAGCUCUCAUAUAUGUUAGAUCACCUAGAUUUUUUGCUGACUUGUUUAGAGAUGAACUAAAUAGUUUGUUGUAAUGUACAGUGUUAAAAUGUUUCUCAAGUAUGUCAAUAGUCAUACUACUUUAAAAAUGCAGUGCAAUCUGUCCCAUUCCUUGGUUCAAUACCUGGCGUUAAAAAGUGAUACUGCUAAUUUUUUUUUUUAAUUGUUAUUUUUACAAAACAGCCUUGUCUUUGUAAUUUUUCUUUGUGGAGAAACACAUUUGGACUUGUGCCAAAAUCACCAGGUUCCAGGUUAGCUUUGGUUCUCUGGUGUCCAGUAAGAAGUCACUGCCCAGUUCCACCAAAAAGAAAGACAGAAGCUUACUGUGACCCAGUACUGUUUGAGAAACCAAAACUUAUGCUAAAAUGUGUGGGUAAUUAUUCAAGCACCUGCAUUUUUAGAGCACAUUACUCUGUAUGAAUGUGUAUUUAUUUGCUUGUUUAAUAGGAAGGAUAUGUGUGUUGGGAUCCAGCUUCAGUUUGUUUUUCUGGAUGGUCCCAACUUCCGUUGUUGGCUUGUGCUUUGCUGGCAAACAGAGUUUAGGGUUCACUCUGUGAAAUUUUGUUUAGUGAAUUUUAAAAAUUCAAAAUAUGCAAUUUUGGUAUGCAGGAUUUUUUUAGGAAGUUGUGUGUUCAGUGAUUGUUCAUGCUUAACCACGAUGUAAAGGAGCCUGUAUGUUUUGUAAACAUGGAGCAGUCAUGAGUCCAAAGUUUCAUCUUUAUUAAUGAAGCUCAUUCUGAAUAAAAUGUUAGCAGGAAAAGAAUGAUAGCAGAGAAUUAUGGUUCCUCUGUUGUUUUGCCAUCAAAUUAAGAACAUGGAAGGGAAUUUGGCAGAAUUGCUCCAUAUUUUAUGAGAGGGUGGCUGAAAUUCAUCACUCAGCAUUUAAAGGCAGUGUGUAAAGUAUGAGUUGUGGUAAAUACUGAAUUCUGGUUUAAUUACUGUGGAAUACAGAAUUAUAGCUGAUGACUGCUGAGCCACAAAACUUUUUUCCUGUUUUAAUAAAAUUAAAAAUGUUAAGUAAACUCUUUGCUUAUAGGAA